UCUGCCGCCUCUUCUGGCCGUCACCAUGAAUCAGGACCUGCAGAAGGAGCGGGCCGCCGCCAGCUUCAACCCGGAGCUGGUCACGCACAUCCUGGACGGCGGCCCUGAGAACACCCGGCGCCGCCGAGAGAUCGAGAACCUGAUUCUGAAAGACCCAGACUUCCAGCACGAAGACUUGAAUUUCCUCAGUCGUAGCCAGCGUUACGACGUGGCUGUUAAGAAGAGUGCCACCAUGGUGGAGAAGAUGAGGAAAUUUGGCAUCGCAGACCCUGCUGAAAUCACGUGGUUUAAAAAACUACAUUUGGUCAAUUUUGUGGAACCUGUGGGCCUCAAUUACUCCAUGUUUAUUCCUACCUUGCUGAAUCAGGGCACCACUGCUCAGCAAGAGAAAUGGCUGCAGUCAUCGCAAAAACUCGAGAUAAUUGGCACCUACGCCCAGACGGAAAUGGGCCACGGAACUCAUCUUCGAGGCUUGGAAACCACAGCCACUUAUGACCCUAAAACCCAGGAGUUCAUUCUCAAUAGUCCUACUGUGACCUCCAUCAAGUGGUGGCCUGGUGGGCUUGGAAAGACUUCAAAUCAUGCGAUCGUACUUGCCCAGCUCAUCACUCAGGGGAAAUGCUAUGGCUUACAUGCCUUCAUUGUACCUAUUCGUGAACUUGGGACCCAUAAGCCUUUGCCAGGUAUCACCGUUGGAGACAUCGGCCCCAAAUUUGGCUAUGAUGAGAUGGAUAAUGGCUACCUGAAGAUGGACAAUUAUCGCAUUCCUAGAGAAAACAUGCUGAUGAAGCAUGCCCAGGUGAAGCCUGAUGGCACGUACAUGAAGCCUGUGAGUAACAAGCUGACCUACGGGACCAUGGUGUUUAUCAGGUCCUUCCUCGUGGGAGAAGCCGCCCGGUGUAUGUCUAAGGCGUGCACCAUUGCCAUCCGAUACAGUGCCGUGAGGCAUCAGUCUGAAAUCAAGCCUGGUGAACCAGAACCACAGAUUUUGGAUUAUCAAACCCAGCAGUAUAAACUCUUUCCCCUCCUGGCCACUGCCUAUGCCUUCCAGUUUGUGGGCACAUACAUGAAAGAGACCUAUCAUCGGAUUAAUGAAGACAUCGGCCAAGGGGACCUGAGUGAGCUGCCUGAGCUUCACGCGCUCACCGCUGGGCUGAAGGCUUUCACGUCCUGGACAACUAACGCUGGUAUCGAAGCAUGCCGGAUGGCUUGUGGCGGGCAUGGCUAUUCUCACUGCAGUGGACUUCCAAACAUUUACGUCAGUUUUACCCCAACCUGCACCUUUGAGGGAGAAAACACUGUCAUGAUGCUACAGACAGCCAGGUUCCUGAUGAAAAGUUAUGACCAGGUGCACUCAGGCAAGUUGGUGUGUGGCAUGGUGUCCUACUUGAAUGACCUGCCCAGCCAGCGCAUCCAGCCACAGCAGGUGGCCGUCUGGCCGACCGUGGUGGAUAUCAACAGCCCCAACAGCCUAACAGAAGCAUACAAGCUUCGUGCGGCCAGAUUAGUAGAAAUCGCUGCAAAAAACCUUCAAACUGAAGUGAUGCACAGAGAAAACAAGGAGGUAGCGUGGAACCUAACUUCCAUUGACCUCGUUCGAGCAAGUGAGGCACAUUGCCACUAUGUGACAGUUAAGCUCUUUUCGGAAAAACUCCUCCAAAUUCAAGAGAAGUCCAUCCAAGCUGUCUUAAGGAAUUUGUGUCUCUUGUAUGCUCUGUAUGGAAUCAGUCAGAAUGCAGGGGAUUUUCUUCAGGGGAGCAUCAUGGCAGAGUCUCAAAUCACCCAAGUGAACGAGCGCAUAAAGGAGUUACUGACUGCGAUUCGCCCUGAUGCUGUCGCUCUGGUUGAUGCAUUUGAUUUUCAGGAUGUGACACUGGGCUCUGUGCUUGGCCGCUAUGAUGGGAAUGUGUAUGAAAACUUGUUUGAAUGGGCCAAGAAAUCCCCACUGAACAAAACAGAGGUCCAUGAAUCUUACCACAAGCACCUAAAGCCACUGCAGUCCAAGCUCUGAAGUGUCUUGAUGACUCUACCCCCCUUCUACCUGUCACACAGAUCUGCGUGGAAUCGUAAUCAAAUUCAGAGAAGCUAUAGAGCAAAUGAUAAAUUGACCCUUUCCUGUUUUGAUAAAUGGAAAAAAAAAGAACAGAUUUUAGAGAUUAAAGGGAAAAAACAGAUGUGUUUUACAAGUGCAAUUAACACUGAAAGAGACCUGUUAAGCAUUCAGAAAAAGCUUUAAGAAAUGCGGUGUGACUUCCAGCUAUAACCUGCGGAUCCCAGGAGGCCAGGACUUUUGAUAAUUAGUAGAGUUUAACUACUAAGUAGUUAAUUGUUUUCACAUCUCAAUUGCUAAUCACUGGAUAUACAAGUGUUUUUAAGCAAAAGUAUUUUUUAAGCAGGGUAGAACCCUUCCAAGCUUUCCUGCUAAUUGUCCUGCCACUCCUGCCAUGGGUCCUGGCUAGAAAGCAGGACUGAAGAAGAGGGACUGGGGAAAGAAACUAAAGGAACCUUGGUGCGUGUGUGAGUGUGUGCUUGAUUCACCUUUCCUGCCUGCUUGCCCCCCUCUGCUGAUGUAUUGUUCCUGUCUUAACUGUUCACAGUAGCAUUUUUCCAACACGAGGAUUUCCUCACCACAGGCUACUGCAGGGUCACUGCCCUGUGUACUUAGAAACUAAUCUUCCAUUGGAGGGUUUCCCUAAAUUGUCACUCUGGUAGCACUGUGACUCCCUUGGCCCCAGUUUCUUGGGAAGCGGUAGUCAGCAAAGUUAUCUCUACAUACAACUUACGGCAACUGAUGGGACCUCCAAAUCAGAGGUUUUGACCUCCCUCUCUCUCUCCCUCUCCCUCUCCUGAGAGAGAUGCUAAAGAAAGGAGAAAAAAAGAGUCACAGUUCCUUCUUAGUAGAAUAAGAGCAGGGAGAGCUGUCAGUUAUGGUUACUGUAACUUUGGUGACCAUAUUAACUAAAUUUCCUGGAACAAUGCAGAUUUCCUAUAUUCUGUCACAUUGGCGUAAGCCAUUAAAAUGCUUUGAGGUUCAGUAUCUGGCCUUACAAAAAUAAAAGCAUCUCUCAUCACCUCUUAUACCCAGGAGUAGCACAGAAAAAUCCUUUGACAAACCAUGUGUUCUGAUUUUGGGAUCAGAAAAUAUAGUCAUUGAAACUGUGGCUAAAGGAUAAAUGGAAGUUCCAUAGAAUCUAUUUCUUAUUGUAUAUCUGGCUUUAUUUUCAGUAUGUUUCUAGGAGCUUUAUCUGACUUGCUAAAUUGUCCUGUCAGCUGAAAUCUAAUUUAUACAAUCAUUCUGUAUUUAAAUGCUAAACAUGUAUCCCUUAAUGAAUUUUUUCUUAAAAUCAAUGUAAAACAAGUCACUUGAUUUUUUUUGUUGUUGUUAACUGUGACAUCUGCCUCAUGAAACCAGUUGUUCUAGAAUCAGUCUUGAGAAUGUAGCAUGUAAUUUAGUGGAAAUGUAAUGCCUGUCUUGGGACCUGACAUAAAAUCUAUCCCAGUGGAACUGGUAAUAGGCGACUUUAAGGUGCAGCAGAAGAAAUACUGUCUGUUGACACAAGCCUUAAUCUUUCCACCAGGAGAACUACAUAAUUGUGUUAAGAUUGAAGUAAAAAAGCACUGUUAAUCUCAUUUGGGUAUAUCUUUAACUAGAUCAGAUUCUGGGAAAUAACAGAGAGUAAAUUCAGAGUGCUUAAUAUUGACCAGUUAAAUGUAGAAUUGUUUCUAAUUAGUGGUUAAAAAUCUUAUUCACAGAGGGAUGUCCGUGGCCAGGAUCUGAGGGUGUUUGAAAUGACACCCACCCAGUCCAGCUGCAUAGAUCUGGGAUCUAAGCAGCUUGGAACAGGCGGUGGACUCUGCGGAGCCACCUUCAGUCCAGCACCUUGAGUUUUAUUUAAAAACUAAAUCUGAUAUUGACAGUAUUUUUAUUAACAUUGGAAUGUUUUGUCUUGAACUUUAUUCACUGUAAUUAAAGAAUAAAAAUAUUGUAAAACCUCA